AAUGAAUAGGUCAAGGUAUACUUAAAUGAUAAGCGUUUGAAAUCAAUUAAUUUUAUAGUUGGAGUAAUUGAUAAUGCUCUUCGUCGUUAGUAUGCAUGCUCACUGUACUCAAAUUACAUCCCGUCAAGAUCAAACUUACUCUUUGUCCCCUGCUUCUUUCUCCGAAAAACAGAGAGCUUCUUCCUUCGCUGUCCAUCAGCUAUGGCAGGUCCAAUUGAAUUCACGGAUGAAGUCUUAGGUGCUGGAGUGAACAGGGCACGUUUGAGCUUGGUGGGCAGACUCCUUUGCUCGUCACAUCCUUCCAGAAUCAGGGUGCAACAUGCUGCAAAUAACAUAUGGGCUAAGCGUGCUGCAGUCACAGUCCUGGAUGCUGGAUAUGGCCUAUUUCAAUUGGUCUUUGCUAACGAAGAGGACUAUCAGGAUGCUUUGAGCAAAGCCCCAUGGUUCAUCCAGUCAAAGAUCCUCACUCUAAAGAAGUGGGAGAAACCAACUCCCCAGCUGUUCCUUGACCUUGCUCGGGUUCCUUACCCAGUUCAGCUUUGGGAUCUGCCGGAAGAAUACCGAACGGUGGCUUUGGGAAGGCUGUUAGCUUCAAGGCUUGGACCAGUGGAGGAAGCGGCAAUGUACGCAGUAUGGGACAACCCAGGCUGUGUGUUCAAGGCCAAAGUCCUUAUUGAUGUUUCUGCCCCAUUGGAACAUCGGUUGGAAGCUCGUAAAAGGGCAAAUGAUGGAUCGGUCGGGCCAACGUUUUGGGUGUCAUUAAGAUAUGAAAAUAUUAAGUCCGUGUGUUUCCGCUGCAGGCGCAUUGGACACAAUCAACGCAAUUGUACUUUUGAUUUGAUCCCAGGUGGUGAUGGAUUCGGACCUGAGGUGUUGGGUGAAAGAACGGGACCAAAGCUGAAUGAGAACUCUUAUGCAGCUUUUCGAAACGGUGGCCGACCACGCGGAAACGUGUGGCGUAAGGGUGGACGGCCAGGCCCUCGACCGGUGGUGCAACCGCGGCUUCAAUUAGAAGCUCCUCCGCCUGCAGCCAAUUCGUCAGAGGCAGCUGGGCAAUCAUUGAGCAGAGUUGGGACAAACCAGCGCAAUCUUCGUGCUAACAACAUCGGCGGCGGAUCCAGGCCAAAGCAGAUGGGGAAAAUAAGAAGUGGGCCUCGACUCUUGGAGAAGGGUGAUGCUGGGCCAGCUACUGUUGCAGCUAGGGAGGCAGCUGAGCGGGGCCACAAACCAAAUAAUGGGUUGUCGCAUACUCAAGGGCCUCUCUGCAGGAGUCGAGCAAAUGAAAGCAUGGUGGUGAGCUUGAACCAGUGUGGGGACCUAGCACGGGCUCAGCCCAACGACGGCGGGAAUGGCCUUCUUUUGGCGCUUCCAUGUGCUGUGGCAACUCCCUUGCAAAUCCAGGAGCCUUCAGCUUCGUAUGGUUUAGGUAAUUUGUUUUGUGAUGAAGAUCCGGGCUUUUUGUAUGAAGAAAUGGGAGAUUCUCACUUUUUUUUGCAAGGUGGCUCGGACACGCUUAACAAAGAACUGCAACUAGAUUCAGAUUCCGCGGUCUCCUGCUCACCAAUUGGGGUGGUGACUAAUGGACAAUCAAGAGGAAAAGCAAUCUUGGUCGAAUCCUCGGGGUCACCAAAGGUUUAUGUCAGGAGGAAUGCUGGAAUUUGUAUUCAAGAACCUGAGGAUGGGGUGGUUGAAUCUGGUCUCAAGCGCCCACGCAUUGAAGUGCCAAAGAACAAAGGAAUAAUGGUGGAGGUAGCCAGCCCCAAGUGGCCCCAAGUUGAUAAAUGAAGGUCUUCGCGUGGAAUUGUCAAGGUGUGGGGAGUACCUUGACAUUCCAAACGCUUAAAGGUCUCCGCAAUUUGUCUAAGUCCUUUCUUUUUCUUUGUGAAACAAUGAAUCCUAGUGACAAAGUGUCAUCUUUUAUUUCCUCUUUAGGUUUCUCUAGUUGCUAUCCUGUUGACCCUACCAGUAUGUCGGGGGGUUUACUCUUUGCUUGGCCUAGUUGGGCCUCUGUGUCAGUCAUUGGGUCUUCCCCUUUUUUUAUUGCUAUUGCGGUCAUCAAUAAUAAGUCAUUUUCCUACGGUGAGUGUCAACAUUUUGUGCUUAUUGGAGUUUACCUCUCCUAUGACACCUCUCGUCGCCAAUCUCAAUUAAUGGAUUUACUUGGAUUUUGUUCUCGCCUUUCGGAUCCUUUUGUGAUUAUUGGAGAUGUGAAUUGCUCACUUUUCCCAUCUGAAAAAUUGGGUGGUGCCCCAUGGAGAAGGGACAAAGCGCGUCCUCUUGAGGACUUCUUGAACCGAUUAGGAAUGUUUGAGCCCCCGUACCAAGGACCAAAAUUUACCUGGACAAAUCGAGGUAGGAAUGGAAUCCUAAUCGAGCAGAAAAUUGAUAGAGCCUUUGCCUCAAAUUCAUGGAUGGAAGUAUGGCCGAACACCUGUCUUCACCAUCUUUCGGAUAGAGGAUCAGACCAUAGACUGCUUUGCUUGUUGACUCAACCGGAAUCCCCGAGAGCAAAGAGAUUAUUUCGAUUCGAUGUUCGUUGGACUUUGAAUCCAGAAGCUGGCCUCCUAAUCAAUUUCAUUUGGGGGAUACAUGUAAAUGGUUCAUACCAAUACUGUCUCUUCUCCAAACUCCUUCGUACUAGGCAUGGCCUUGUUGAUUGGUGUAAAGGGGGUACGUCGAAUGCAGCUAGAAAUAUAAAAGAUCUAAGCCAGGCUUUAGAACUGGCAAGGAAUGCCUUUGUUGUGGACUGGGGUUUAAUUCGAGAUUUGGAGAUUCGCCUAGCAAUCCAAUAUGAUCAAGAGGAAAUGUUCUGGAGGCAAAAAUCCAGGGCUGAAUGGCUUCAAGAAGGGGAUAGGAAUACGCCAUAUUUCCAUCUUAUUUCAUCAGUUAGGCGUCAAAAAAACUUCAUUGGCGGUUUAGAGGAUGAUACGGGAAGAUGGUGCACGUUAGAGAUGGAAAAAAGUGGCAUUGCGGUGAAGUACUUUAAGGAAAUCUUCCUUACCCACAGUUUGGGGGAAAUUAGCCUGGCUAACCUUCCUUUCUCAUCGACCGUUAGUAUAGAACAAAAUAUGGCGUUAACCUCACCAGUGACGCCCGAGGAGAUCAGGAAAGUGGUCUUUAGCAUGGGUAAAACCCAGGCUCCCGGACCGGAUGGGUUUACAGCCGGUUUUUUUCAGAAGUAUUGGAGUAUAGUUGGGCAGGAUGUAACCCAAGUGGUGUUAGCCUUUUUCCACUCUGGGCGUCUACUGAGAAGUUUCAAUCGUACGUGGGUAUCUCUCGCUCCAAAAGUUGCAGAGGUUCGUACCAUGAAAAAUCUGCGGCCUAUAAGCCUGUGUCAGGUCUUCUACAAGAUCAUCUCUAAGAUUCUGGCUAACAGACUUAGUCUAGUGUUACCAACCAUUAUUUCCAAAUCCCAGAAUGGAUUUAUUAAAGGGCGUCAGAUUAC